UGCAUUCAAAAAAAAGUGUUUCGACAAAGGGACAAAUAUGAGAUUCGUCCAAGAGUGAAUAAUGACGAGUGGAUUCUCGUUGUGAAAAAUGUUCAGGAGAGCGAUAUCGGUGGUUAUUCAUGUCAAUUGAAUACCGAUCCAGUUAUGUCCAGAAUAGGAUAUUUACAUUUAAGAGUUCCUCCAUAUGUUGCUAGAACAACGGCUUCUGCAGUUGAAGUUCGCGAAGGUCAUAAUGUCACUCUUUCUUGUCGUGCAUUUGGCAAUCCACCACCAACAGUAGUAUGGCGCCGACAGGAUAGACAAAUUAUACGCUUUAAUGGUGCAACUGGUUAUGGAGCAAGUGUUUAUAAUGGUUCAGAUUUGGUUAUAACUAAAGUAAGUCGUAAACAUAUGAGUGAAUAUGUUUGUGUUGCUAGCAAUGGAAUACCACCGGAUGAAUCCUGGACAGUUAAGCUACAUGUCACAUUUGAACCAACUGUGGUGCCUCAGUCUAAACUUGUCGUAGCUGCAGCUGGCAGCCAAGCAAAUAUCGUUUGCAACGUUGAAGCUUGGCCAAGGCCAUUAUUAACGUGGCAAAAAGAUGGAAAUGAAAUUUUUGACUCAAAUAAAUAUGCAAUGACACAGCAAAUAUGGGAGAAAUAUCGGAGUACUCAUAUUUUAACGAUAAAAGAUAUAAGUGUACAUGAAUUUGGUGUAUAUAAAUGUAUUGCGGUGAAUGAUAAUGGAAUGCAUUUCGCUGAAAUCACAUUGAAAGGUUCGGUUUUCACUGGUGCCUUUGAGAUAUUUCCGACGAAAAAUCUCCAAACUGUUCAGCCAUUGCUGACAACAAUAAAAUCCAUUUCCAUUCCUUUUCCAUCGUCCAAGACUUAA